AUGGAUAUACGCACACAGAUAUCAAUGGAUAUACGAACACAGAUGUCAACGGAUAUACGGACACAGAUAUCAAUUAUGACCGAUGCGAAGAAGAGUCUUGAAAAUAAGCGCAAAAGGGAAAUUGAAAUGGAAAAGCAGCAGAGAUUAUCCGAGGCCGACGCUAAGGCUAUAGGCGAAGUAUACUUACCGCCUGCUGUUAAAAAACACGUAAGACAGAAAGUUUCCCCAAGGUAUAUCAACAAGACAUAA